GAGCAGUUGAAGAGAGGUGUUUCUCAGACCCAGGCGCUUGAGCCAGACUUAUCUUGAGUUCAGCGGAUGGGGACCAAGGUGUUGAGGGACUGGGACCAGAAAGGGAAUGUCUGAACAGGAACUCAGCUACCCCAGCCCAGUGACUCCUCCCAGCUCAGACGAGAUGGAACUUCUCCCUCUGCUUCUACUGCUGCUCUUCACAACUGUUUCAGGGAAAUCCCAUGUGCAUAAGAGGGGACUCUUGGAGUUGGCAGGAGCUAUCAACUGUGCUACAAGCCGCUCAGCACUUGCUUUUAUGAGCUACGGCUGCUACUGCGGCAUUGGAGGAAGUGGUUGGCCCCGGGACAGAGCUGACUGGUGCUGCCAAAAACAUGAUUGCUGUUAUUACAAGGCUGAGAAGGCUGGUUGUUCCCCUAAGAUGGAACGCUAUAACUGGGAAUGCAGAGACCAGAGGGUGGAAUGUGGUGCCAACCUGAACAAGUGCCAAGAAAUGAUGUGCAAAUGUGACAAGGAAAUUGCCCACUGCUUGGCCACAGCAGAAUAUAAUGCAAAGUACAUUUUCUUCCUCCACCUACGUUGUGGAGAUAAGCAGCCGGAGUGUGACUGACGUACCUUGGAAAUUUUCUUUUUGAAUGCGGGUAUAUAAAAAUAAUUUUCCGUAAGCAAAAAACAGUAUCAGUGUUUAGUAAGGGUAAAAUAAAGGUUCUUACCUACUUCUCUCAUAGGCCUAAGGCAUGGACCCCAUCUAUUGCCAUGCUUCAUCUCAGCUGAAACCUAGCUGGAGGCCAUUUUCUUACUUUCACCCCACUGACAAAUCCAAGAAACCGAGCUGUUCUACUGUGAGAAUGGGAGGUUAAGCAAAUUCUUCCCGUUUUACCCAUAUUUUUAUUUUUUACUUAUAUUGUCCCCUUCUGGGAACAGUGACAAACCUAGAACUCAAUAAAGAUGGGGAUUUAAGUCAAAGGAGAUGGGCAAAGGUGGUAAGCAGGCCUAAUGUCAGAAGACAUGGGUUCUAAUACUUCUUAUCUCACUGUGUGGCCUGAGGUUUGGCAUCCUAUAAGACAAAAGCUUAAUUUCUUAAAUUCUGCUUUUGCAAUGGUAAAUUGGCCUUAUCCUCCAAUAUUUUUUAUGGAUUUCUCUUACCUUUAGAAAUUUUAGCUGGUAAACAUUUUUUACCCUGUUUACUCUAAGGAUCCCAAGCAGCUAGGUGGUGAGGUAGAUAGAAUGCUGCUCAGGAAGACCCGAGUUCAAAUCUGGCCUCAGACCCUUACUACCUGUGUUGACUUUGGGCAAGUCACUUAACUUCUGUCCAAAACAACAGCACCUGCUCUCAGGGUUGUUGUAAGGAUCAAAUGAGAAUAUUAUUUACAAAGUGCCUGGCACAAAAUAGGUGCUAUAUAAAUGGUAGCUAUUAUUAUGAGGGUUGAAAUGUCAUUGAAAGUUUAUAAGUAUAGUUUCCUGUUAGAACUGUAAGAAAUGGAGAUAGGGUACAGGCCAAGGACUACCUCUUUCUUCUAUUUCCAAGUUCUUGUAAUUAA